UCUUUUAAAAUUUACUUAUUUACUUUUUUAAUUUAUUUGUAUUUUUAAAUAAGAAUUCAAAUCUAUUCAAUAUGUUUAAAUUCACUUGAAUGAUCCGACCAGAUGUUUUUUAAAUAGUCUAUGUGGAGAAGAGCGCGUAAAUAUUCCACACGAAUAGUUUAAAAUCGUGUGCUAAAUAAAAGAUAAACGCUUUUUUUUAUAAAAAAAAUUGUUUUCAAAGAUGUUUUUCGUUGGAACAGAAAAAUAUUGACGUGAACGAUUCAACAUCUUUACUAUGAAAAGCAGGUAUGACAAUUGCAGAUAUGCAAGACUUUCCACCCUUCCCAAGCAACUUUCCAUGGACUAAUGGUACCACACUAUCGUCAACUCAGGAAAAUGCAUUUAAAGCACAGUUAAAUCAAAAGUUGAUGCAGAUAAAUGGACAUGGCACAAAAGUCAGCCAUCAACCAACUUUGCCGAUGUUCUCUGAUAUCUUCAAAUGCAAUGGAAAAGAACAACCUGGUAAAAAAGAAAGAAUUUCACCUGUUAUAUUCGAACCAAGAUUGUCUAAGGCUGAGCCAGAACACAUAUUGGAGAAAAAGCUGGAACCAACCAAGCGAAAUGGGAAAAUUGAAGAACUCCCUUCAUUCGAAACAUUUCGGAGAUUUGAGCAAGGCUUAAUCAGCCCAAUCAAGCGUAAAUUAAAAACGCAUAGAAAAGGAUUAAAAAUUAGGAGAAAAAUUCCGAAGAUUACUCACCACCCAUGUGGAUGUCCAAUUAAUGAAGAUGUAAAAACUGGCCCAUUCUACACACAUUUAGGUUCUGGACGAACAUUAGACGAGUUAAAAGCCUCUCUAAAAACAAAAUUUGAUGUCAGCGAUUCUGCUAUAAGAUUACAUCUUGUUCGUUACACUGCUACAGAGGGUAAAAAUGGUGAUGGAUGUCCACUAGCAAGAUGGGUUUUGCGAAGAAAAGGUCCUGAAGAGAAAUAUCUCGUGAUAGCCAAAAAAUGUGAUGGGCAUGUUUGUAGUGGAGCCUUCGUAGUGAUAGCAAUUGUUGCAUGGGAAGCGAUCUCCAAACAAUACGCUGAUGAUAUGUACCAGUAUUUACGCCAGAAUUUAAAUAAAUGUGGAUUCAGUACCAGGCGCCGAUGUGGUGCAAACGAAAGCAAAACGUGCAGGUGUCAAGGUGACGAUGAAGAAACAGAUGGUCGGUCAUUUUCAUUUGGCUGCUCUUGGAGUAUAUUUUUCAAUGGUUGCAAAUUUGCAAAAAGUACUUCUGCAAGAAAGUUUAAGAUGCAAGAACAGCAGAAGGAAGAGGAAAUGGAGAUGGUGCUGCAACAAAUGGCAACUCACGUUUCACCUUUGUUGAAUAUUUGGUCCCCACAAGCUUAUGAAAAUAUGACCCGCUUUGAAGAAACUGCAGCAGAUUGUAGAAUAGGAUUAAAAGAUGGCAGACCGUUCUCUGGUGUGACAUGUUGUUUGGACUUCUGUGCACACAGUCACAAAGACAUACAUAACAUGAAUAAUGGAACAACUAUGGUAUGCACACUAUUAAAGCCUGAUUAUGACGAAAGAGACGACGAACAGCUGCACGUUCUGCCAUUGUAUCAGUUAAUAGGGGACAACGGAAAUGUUGCCGAGACCAACUUUGAUAUCCCUGACCACCUUUUCAAGAGUAAAACACAAGAGCGACAAGAACCUGUUGAAGGAAAAGGAAAAUAUGUGUGUAAAACCGCUGUAGCUCAAAAACAAAAUCAGAAUUUCGAUCCGGAUGAGUCAACUGUGUCUUUAACCACUGUAGAUGAAGCUCAAGUGGGAAAUUUUUAUAUGAGCGGUUUAAAUCCUACUUCGGUUAGCCCUUCGCUAUUCCAGCUACCAUCUUUUGUUGAUGAAAAUAAAACUAUGUUCCGUCAAUAUAAUCUUGAUUCGAUUCAAAACUUAAACACGACAGGCCCAAAGCAGGAAAAUGAGAUUAGGCGAAAACCGCAUACACCUGUACCUACUGUGAUCUCAGAUGACAUGGGUGGAGUCGCAAUCGCAUUGGGUCAUGGUUCGUUCUUGGUUGAAUGCGCAAAGAAAGAAGUGCACGCGACGACGGCUUUGAAGAAUCCACAACGCACGAAACCAACACGUAUUAGUAUGGUGUUCUACCAGCACAAGAAACUAAACAAGAAAAAACAUGGCUUCCAUGAAUAUAAAGAAAAAAUGGACUUAAGAAAUAAAGAGAAAUUGGAGAAGCAAAGUUUCGACGAUUUAGCUCUACUUGCAGACGCAGCAUCAUUUAACGAUUCUAUGAAUUCAAUGGAUACAAGCGUUGAAAACACUCCCGAAAAAAUCAAUCCUCUUCUAGAACUUUGUAAACAACAAAGUCUGGAGCGACACAACUCUGCACCCGAUCUACCGAGUUUGUUUGCAUCGGAACAUGGAAAUACCACGCAAGAUAUCACGCAGUGUGUAGGAAGAGACCGUGUGUCAGUCAUUCAAAAAAAUACAAAUAGUUUCAGUAUCGAGAGACUGAUAAAGAAGGAAGAUUCAAGAGAUAGUGUUCUUCCCAUAACUACGUUUGGUGUAGCGAACAAUUUGCAACAGACUGGUGUAACGGAAACACAGAAGCUACCAACCUUUAGUGUGUUUUCGAAACGUUUCAAUGUCGCUAAGUUAGAUGACCUAAUCGAAGGUAAACAUGAACCGAUUCUUCACGGUCAAUCAAAUCAUGAAAGGGAACUGUCCAAUGUGAAAAUUGAAUCUGCAUUUUAUAACAACGAACGCGUGGAUAAGUUGAAAGAAAACAUAGUUAGUGUAAACAGGACUGCAAGCGACCGUCCCUAUUUAAACAUAAAUGGUAAUAAACAAAAUAACUUGCAGCAAAUGCAAUCUCACGACAUGAAAUUUCCAUGCCAUCCUUCACACUUGUUGAGAAAAACAACGCCGACACAAGUCAUCUUCCAACAACAACUGCCUAUGUGGAAGGAAGAACAGAAAAAGCAACAGCUUCUGCAGGAACAACAACAACAACAGAAACAAUCAUAUCAGCAAGAACAACAACAACAAAAAUACCAGCAACAAAAACAACAACAACAACAACUGGCUCUCUGGGCGGAAGAACAACAGAAAAACAUACUAAAUUUGCAACAACAACAACAACAACAGCACGAGAUGUUCAAGGCAGAAGAAAGAUCCAGAGAGCAAUUGCAGAAAGAACGACAACUAAGCUGGCAAGAGCAAUUCUCAAUAGAUUCACAUAAAAGAAAGUCAAACAAUUUGCUUAAUCCACCUUAUACAGAAGUAGAUAAAUGGAGAAGACAUAUUAAUAAUGAUGUUGCUGAAAGAAAAAUUGCUUCGGAUGUAAGUCCGGAGGAUUUGCCUUUUUUUAAGCAGCAAAUUAACGCAGCUCAAGAGACAAGCCUGGCGUAUCGUCACAUACAACAGAGUUUACUGCGUGGCAUGCCGAGAUGUGGAGCGCUUCCUCGUUUUCCUAUGAAUGGCUUACCCAUACAUUGUGAUAUAAGAUCAGCUGCUCUCCCAGGGUCAGAAAGGAACAACCACGCCGCACGAUUCCUGCAUCCAAACGUAGACAGUUAUCCUGCCGGCAUGCCGAAAUAUAACCCUAGCGUGAUUUCUGCUGACUCAGGCGGUUAUUCGCCAUACUACAGACAGCCAUCUUUGUUAGAUAGACACGCUGCGUUGUGGAAUUCCAGAGAUAUAAACAGCGGACCAGAUGGGAGAGCACGUAAAAAUUCAUCGUAUAUCGUGGACAAAUAAAAUAAUAUUGCAAAGUUUUCUAGGGUGGUGGAGUUGAAGAAUGUUUUCUGGUCUUUGCAUUGUCCGUUUUUAAAAUAGCUUGUUAGAAAGGUACAUUGCUGAUUUAUUGAAGAAUUUAGAUAUAUACGUGUGAAUUAUUAUGUCUUUGUACACUUUUUUUUUAAUUUAUAUUGUGAAAAUAUUUACUUAACAGGUUAUAUCGUUAAGGUCGGUUUCCAUUGAAACAUUUUUUGCAGCAGCGCCCAACGUUUGAAAGUCGAAGCUCGGGUAUCUCUACCUCCAUGUUCUCUAUGACGCUAAAGAUGGUAACACCUUUGAAAUUUUAAACAACCUACAAUUUUGCUAAAAUAGUAGCCGCAGGAAAAAAAUUCUACUGAGCAUGCCCAGGUACGUUACGUUGGGCACCGCGGCUAAGAGUGUUAAGUGGAAACAGACCUUUAAAAUAUCCACUUCUAAAUUUCUAGGUGAGUAUUUUAGGUAGGUUAUUGAAAAAUUAUUUAUCUUCUUGGUUUACCAUACCAAUAGCUUGGAAAUUGUAAGAUAAUUUAAUUUAUAACCGCUCUCCUUCAUGAUGCUUUUUAUAAUUAUGUUACGACCACAAAAUUUUUAUCUAACGGAGGAGAGCGUUGAGUAACUGAAAUGUCUGCAUCACAGUUGGUUUUCAUUUUUAAAGUAAUUUCCCGCGCAACUGUGGUAAACUGAGAGUUCGAUUGGCUGAUGCACGAUCGUUUGAUAUGACUUGCCCAAUAAGUGUUUGUUGAGUGGAAACAGCCGACACAUAAGUUUUGUUAAUUUUAUCAGCGUGUAUAUUUGCGAUUUUGUUUAUUAUUUAGAUAGGAAUUUUAUUAUGUCAUAGAGGUAGUUUAUUAUGAAUAAUAGGCCAAUGAAUUAUGAUAUAUAUAUAGGAGAAAAAUAAGCUCAAAAAUAUGAAAAAACCUUGAAAUAUCAGCGCAUAGAAAGUUUUGAUUUUAAUAAAAACGCCCAGAUUGGUUAGGCUCUGUAUUGUUUUCUCUACUUCUGCAAAGUUUUUUUAAAGAUGCGACGAAGCUAUUUGCAUGCUUUCUUUGUGCGCAUUCCGUGCAACUUCGAAUAUUAGGCGAUAAAAUUUUAAUUUAACUUUCUCUUCAACCUAACCAAGGAAAUUUAACUGUAACGAGAUUUUAAUGGAAAUGUUUCUGGCUUCCUUCAAAAAUGUGUACUGAUUAAUAUUUAAACAAAAAAAACUUUUCUCUAAACAUUUCAAGCAAAAAAUUUGGCGGAUAAUGAUAGAGAAAUAAUAAUGCUUAAAAAAAUCUGUUAGGAACAAAUGUGGCCUGGGUAAAACUUAUUCACUUACGGAAAUUUCCUCGAUUUUUUUUUUAGAAAUAAUAAUGCUUAAAAAAAUCUGUUAGGAACAAAUGUGGCCUGGGUAAAACUUAUUCACUUACGGAAAUUUCCUCGAUUUUUUUUUUUUUUUUAUGCUAAAGUAAGCCCUUUCACCGCCUCGAGCAAAAUCAAAACAAUUUUAUAAAAGCCCCAGUUGAUCCUAUUUUUAUAAAUUGCAUUCCGGGCACUUAGUCUAGCACUUACGGUAUCGAUCUAACAUCUCUAUAGCCUUUAUAGCUAAAAAUGUUUCGAUGCUAGCAAGUACAACGAAAUUUUGCUUUAAAUUGACGGGCCUAACGGAAAGGUUUGUUUGCACCGAACAGCUACGACGAUUUUCUUCUGUUUCUACCACACAUUACUACGCAAUCCUUUUAGCCUGUGAUUAUAUUUUACUUGAAAUUUUUAUUAGUUUUUACUUUUACGUUGUAUAUAUUUUAUAUAUUUAGCACGUUCUAAUAUUUAAAGAAAUUUAAACCCAUAUUUUCUGGGUGUGUGA